AAUAAUCAAAAAUCAUUUUUCAAAAUUGUAGAUCGUAGAAAAAUAGAAAAUCAAAGAAAUCGAUCGAGAAAGACACAUUCAAUAAUUUGACGCUUACGGCGGCGGGUUAGUGGCCAACCACCACACCACCACCGUACCGGCCUAACCACAAACCCCCGCAAUAUCGUACGUCAAAAAAUUAAUCAAAACGAUGUCGUCCUUAUCAUAUUCCUCACCAUAUCAACUAUUAGAAAUUAACAUGAUCUCAGCACAGGAUUUAUCUCCUGUUUCCAAGUCUAUGAAAGCCUAUGCAGUCGCAUGGCUAAAUCCCGAACGAAAACUAGCCACACAGAUUGAUCAAACGGGCCACACCGAUCCCACGUGGAACGAGAAAUUCGUUUUCCGCGUCGACGAUGAGUUUCUCGGAUCGGAAAAUUCUGUUAUCAUGAUCGAGAUCUACUCUUCCGCGUGGCUCCGUGAUGUCCUCGUCGGAACCGUCGCUGUUCUCGUAAGCAAUCUCAUCCCGCCGGGAACUCGCUCCGGUAACCGGAAACCUAAGCUUCGUUUCGUGGCUUUGCAGAUUCGUAGACCUUCCGGUCGUCCGCAAGGGAUUCUUAACAUCGGCGUUUCGUUGCUUGAUAGCACGAUGAGGAGUAUGCCGUUGUACUCGGAGUUGAGCACUUCGGCGGUUGGAUUAUGGGAUCUGAUGGAUUUGAAUCCGAACAAGAAGAAGAUGAUUAACAAUUGUGAUAAUAAUUCAGCCACGGAUUCGAAGAUGUUAACUCUUCAACGUUGCCAGAGCGAGAAAAACGAUUCGACGGUUAACGAAUAUUCGUAUUACGGUGCCGCCGGGAAAAACGGUUAUAACGGUUAUGAGGAAUCUGAAGUGAGCACGGUGGUACAGAGAAAAGGUGGAAACGAGGAGUCGUUGUGUUCGGAUGUCGGACCUUCACCAUCGGUUGUUGCGGCCGCGAUAGCCAAGGGAUUGUAUCCAUUACCGGCGGGGAGGAUGAAGACUGUGGAGAGGGAGAGGGAAAGACCGGUGGUUGAUGAAUGGUCGGAGAGUAAUUGUACGGAAGGGAUGAAUACGAAGAUUGAGAGGUGGCGAAAUGAGUUGACGCCGAUGUAUAAUAAGGAAGAAUGCGACGAAUUGGAUGAGGAGAUUAAGAAGAAAAUGGUGGCGAAGCAAACGCCGAGGCGGAUUGGGAAGACACCGGGACGGCCGCCGGUGAGUCAGAAAGGGAAGUUUUCGUGUUUUGGGAAGGCGUUUGGGUGUGAGUUUUCGAUAUCUUGUGGAGGAAGUAACCGGAAAAAGAAGCGCGAUAAAGUCGGUCUAACCUCAAACUCUGAGCUAACUUAUGAUGAAUCGUUUAUAUGAUUAAUUUCACUAACUAAUUAUAAAUGAAUCAUUCCAAUGUUAAAUAUCAUAUUAAUUAUUGAUUGUUGUUGGUGGAUGAUGGAUUGUGUUGGAGACUUGUUUUGAAUUGUUCUGCUGUAUGUAAUUGAGGUUAUUUGCAUGUUGAUGAAUCAUGAUAUGAUACAUGUAUAAGCAGAAGAAGGAUGAAACUAUGCAUGAUAUGCGUCUUCUCGGAUCGAGUAGAAAUGAGAGUAGAUCUCAUGUCAUUCUUUUUUUCUCUUUUGUUUUUUUCUCUUACUUUUGUUUUUAUUUUUUUUUAUUUUUGUGUAUAUUGGCAUUCAAUCAAUUGAAUGAGUUAAACCUAACUGGUUUUCUUUUUUGUUUACCUAUACAUAAUGUAAUUCUUUUCAUUUCAAUUUAUUUACAUUUUUUUCUGA